UUGGUUUCUGCUCAGUGACCCCAGCCCAGCGGCAUUACUAUAUACUAGUCCUGCAUCCACAUCUCCAUCUCCCUCUCCCUGUCUCGUGCCGUUUGUUGCCAUUAUUAGAUGGUCUCCCGCAGCUCCAGCUGAGAUGCGAACGGCCUCUCUCGUCUGAUUCCCCCCUCUCUCCGGCCGUUGAUGCGAGCUGCUGCUGCUCACCUCGCUUAAUUUGGUGGUUGGAUGAUGCUUAGUGCGCCCAGAGGCUAAAGAUCCCACUAAAGCAUCCUUGUCUUUGGCCCAGAGAAAAAUCUGACGCUCCGGCAUAAUUCCUUGGCCAAGGCAGCAGGCAAUGAUGAGCUUCAAGGGCCAUGAGGGAUUCGGGCAGGUUGCUUCCGGUGGUGGUGGAGGUGGAGCCCCGGUGCCGUGGUGGGCGGCGUCCCAGAUGCUGUACGGGGAGCCCUUAUCGUCGUCGUCGCCGGAGGCGGAGACUCGCCGGGUCGGCCAGUUCCAGGUCGUGCCCAGAGCUCAGGGCGUCUUGGAUCCGGCAGUGCCGCCGUCGCCGGCGCCCAAGACCGGGGCUCCUGAGGUGCUCAAGUUCUCGGUGUUCCAAGGGAAUUUGGAGUCGGGAGGUAAAGGAGAGAAGACCUUGGAUCACUCCACCACUAUUGCACUGCAAUCACCGCUCCCGGAAUACAACAGUCGUUUUGAGUUUGGCUCAGGUCCAUCCAUGAUCUCUUCCAGUUAUCCUUCUGCCGACCAAUGCUAUGGCCUACUUACCACUUACGCGAUGAAAUCGAUGCCUGGUGGGCGAGUGCUCUUGCCACUGAAUGCGCCAGCUGAUGCACCAAUUUAUGUGAAUGCAAAACAAUAUCAAGGCAUACUUCGCCGCCGCCGUGCUCGUGCCAAGAUAGAGAGAGAAAACCAAUUAAUUAAAGGAAGAAAGCCGUACCUUCAUGAAUCACGCCAUCGUCACGCAAUGCGCCGAGCACGAGGCACAGGAGGACGCUUCCUCAACACGAAGAAAGAGGGGGGCGGAAAGGACGCUCCCGGAGGAGGCAGCAAGAAGACAGACUAUAACCUACCUUCGCGCUUCGCCACGUCUCCAAGCUCCGUAAUUCCGCAGUCGGAGCUGCGCAACCCACACUCCCGGAGCAGCAUCUCGAGCCUCUCAGGCUCGGAUGUGUCAAGCAUGUAUGAUCACGAAGAUGUUGACCACUACAACAGCAUCGAGCAUCUCCGGACACCCUUCUUCACCCCGCUGCCGAUCAUCAUGGACGGCGAGCAUGGGGCUGCUACCCCCUUCAAGUGGGCCACAGCAACCGAUGGCUGCUGUGAGCUCCUCAAGGCAUGACUUGAGGGGGGUAUACACAGACAACUAGAUCAAAGAGCGGUGGUCUACCGGCGAUGUCUGGUGGCCAUGGCUGGCUCUGGCUCAGGGACUAACUGUCUCUCCGCCGUGUGGUUGUCUGUAGGCAAAUCAUUCUUGGCUCUACUGCAUUUGGGGUACCUUCUACAUCGCCUACCUAUUCCUGAAACUGAAGUGCUCGUUCUCAGGAAUGUUGUGAUGAUGGAGCUCCCCAUAUGCCUGUAAAAUAGUAUCAGAAGCACUACUACGUACUUGCAAGCAGUGUAUGAGUAUGCACUCUAUGGUAUCAUCAGGUUUUAAUGAUCUGUAUCUGUCAGAAUAAGUCAGACCUAACGGUUCUUGUGGUGUAUUAGGGUUUCUCUGAAUCUUAAAUUUGAAACUUUUGUGC